AUGCUACUUCAAUUCGGCUCCGUGCCGGUCCUCGUGGCUUCCUCUUCUGACGUCGCUAGAGAGAUCAUGAAAGACCACGACUUGAUCUUCUCCGACCGCCCCAAAUCCAGCAUUACCGACCGUCUGUUAUACGGCUCCAAGGAUGUUGCCUUUGCCCCCUACGGCGUGUACUGGCGGGUGGCUUUGGGGAGAAAGUACUAUAGUGUGGAGCAUGGGCGAAACGACGAGACGGCGACAAAGGAUAUCAUGGGUUUGCUGGAUGAAUAUAUUAAAGUAUUAGGGGUAGUAGAUAUAGGGGAUUACAAUCCUUGGCUUGCAUGGGUGAAUAGAAUUAAUGGUUUUGAUAGAAGGGUGGAGAAAUUGGCUAAAGAAUUGGAUGAAUUCAUUUUGGGAGUAGUUGAAGAGCACUCGGAAAGUAAUGGGCUACCAUGUGACAGCCGGCACCCACGUGCUUGUUAA